UUUAAGCUUGGGUCCAUGAUAGAUCGAGUUGUUGUCCUUAACCAAGCCAAAAAUCUUGGACCAUGUUUUCUUUUUCAAAUCAUGAUUUUGUACAGUUGGAGUCUUCAAAAGAUCUCCCCUGGGCCAUUGAUACUUUUUCUUAAUCAAACCUUCAACAUGAGUGACACUCCAAAGGCUCAGCCUCCAGCUGAGGUUCGUUUGAAACGAUUUCUUCAUUAUGGCUCGGAGUCAGCUGUAUGUGUCCCUGGAGAUCGAGAGUUCCUCAAGUGUUUUUUGAUGGAGAACCUUCCUUCUAUCGAGGAAAUGUUAGCUGAUUGCCCUCCUGAGAAGCAAGGCGAUGCUGUUAAUCACAUUAUGAAGGCCUUUAUGGAUGGUUACUCCGGAUACCCAGAAUGCUUGAUAUUUGCCUUGGCAGUGUGUGCUUGUCAGAAGACAAGUGAGCGGUUGCGUUCUCAAGCAUACAAUGCCCUGAAAACUGUCUGUAAAACACCAAAGGACAUUUUCCUUUUUGUAUCCUUCACCAAAAAACUUUCUGCUCCGCAUAAAGGCCAUGGAAAUGGGUGGCGAAAUGCGCUGACUCAAUGGUACCUAAGCAAAGAACCCAUGGACAUGGCUGCUAGUGUAUCACUUUUUCGUGGAUUUUAUGGUUUCACCCACAAAGACCUUUUUAGACUUUGCCACAUUAAGGCAGAAGACAAAGUAAAGGGCGCAAUUGUUCAGUAUGUCAUGAAAGGUCUUGAGGCAUCUAAAAUGACUUUUGACAAGGAGGAUGAUCCGACUAUCCAGCAAGUGUUUUCUUAUCUUCAAAUUGUAGAAGAAAUUAAACAUCAAACUGAUGUGCAGGCAUCUGCCCGGCUCAUAGAACUGCACAACUUGCCAAUUGUUGUAGUGCCUGCCCACAAUGUGAAAUCACCUGAAGUAUGGAUAGCUGCGGUGCCAAACAUGCCUCUUGGUGAAUUGCUUGAUAACCUAGUGCGUCUUAGUUGCGCUGGUCUCUUGAAGUCUGGGCCGCUUGAACAAAAAAUCGUAGACCGCCUUCUUGACCAAACAGCUAUUGUUGAGUCUCAUUUACACCCCACUCAAGUAUACUGUGCCAUGAAACGUUACGAAUGUCAUGCAAAGAAUACUCAUGAGUUCAUGGAGAAGUUAAUUAAAAUGAAAAAGGUUGAAAAAGAGUUGAAACCAGCUCCAAAACCAAGUACUAAGAUACUUGAUGCCCUUAACCACCUGCUCAAUUCUACUCUAAAGUUGCUGGUGCCAACUGGUAAGCGGUAUCUUGUCGCAAUUGAUCUGUCUCACAACAUGAAAUCUUGGCAUUGUAAUGGAGCGCGAGAUGUGGCACCAGCUAUGGCUGCAACCCUUUUGGCGCUCAGCCUUCUUCAUGCAGAGCGAGAAGUGACUGUUGUUGCUUUCCCUGCACUCCCUGGUGCCCCUCCCGAAAAAGAGCUUAUUGACCCUGUUAAUCCUGUUGUGCAAGCUUUUAUUCCUGUUGAGCAAGCUGUUAAUCGCAGAGCCAAAAAGCAGAGAACUGCGGGCCCAAUUCAUCCUCGCAAAACUUCGUUGGAGCCCAUGGUUCCAUUGACACUUGAGAAGGAUGUAUCUAUUGCUGACAAUCUGGCGAAGAUGAUGUCUGAGUCUUUACAUGGCCCAGUGGAGGUUUGUCAACCUAUGGUAUGGGCUCAGCAAAGUAAAAAGCCAAUUGAUGUGUUCAUUGUGCUUACCGACUAUGUAACACCUCGUAAACGGGCAUUCAAGGACCCUGCCAUUGCUCUGCAGGAAUACCGCCAGCAGAUGAACCUGCCUCAAACAAAAUUGAUCACUUGUGCUCUCGCAUCAAAUGAAUUGAAUGUUGCUGCAGCAAAUGAUGCAGGCAUGUUGGAUAUUGUUGGAUUUAAUGGAAAAGUGGCUCGAAUAAUUGAAGCAUUUUCUCGUGGAGCCUUUUAAUAUCUAGUUUUGCUCUUGUAUUGUAAUUUUACUUUGAUCAUAGGUCCCUAGCAUACAGCAUUUGGCUGAAUAUUUUAGCUAUAUGAUAUUGACAUAGUGUGAACAUGAGCAAUAAUAUUUACUGUAAAAGUGUUAGUUUCAGUGUCCAUGACGAACUCUGGCCCUAAUAGCUUUCUGAACUUGACUGAGCUCACUAUUCAAAUUUACCAUAAUGGAUUUUGUGCCGCAAAGGAAAGUGAAACCUUGAUGCAAAGGACCUCGUUGUGUAAUAUUAAUAACCGUAUAAACCUUUCCCUAAAACCAAGGUUGAACUAUGUUUAAUUGAACAUUUCUUUUUAAAAUAACAGUCAAAUUCUUAGUUCUGAAUCAAUUGAAUUACUGUUUUAUAGUUAUGCUGUCCUGAGUUUUACUUCUUGAGUAGUAAAACAUAAUGAAAACAAUGAGUCAUGUUUGUUAUUUAUGUAUCAAUAACUUAAUGUUCAUAAUGAAGCAGAAGUUUACAAAAUAUUUAUUUCUUGUUUAUUUUGUUUUGCAUGUCUUUAACAGUCUACUUAAAACGCCAUACUCUUUUUCUGUUUUGUGCAUCCAGUGCAACUUAUUGUUUGCUUUUUUUCUAUUUUUGUAUUUCUGUUUAGUGUCUAAUAAUGUGUAUUUGCAUUUUGUGUGACUAAGGUGAAAUUUUUCAUUCCUUAUGCCUGUUAACUUGCAUUGCAAACUACAAAUUAAAUUAUCUCUUUGUUUAAUUGUAAGCUAUAUGCAAAAGUCUGAAUACUAUUUUCAACCACAUUUGUCAUAGAUUUUUGUGAUAUUGUUUUUAGUCUAAUCAAAUCUGUUAGCCAAAGCAGUUCAAUCAAGUGACUGUGAUUUGGAACACUGCAGCUGUAGGACAGUCUGGAAGAAAUAUUUCCUCAUGCUUUAAGUGUUACAGUUUAUGUAAGUCUAGUUUCAGUUGUGGCAAAGAUGAUAAACUCAUCUUCAUCUCUUUAUUUUUAUACCAGGACAAAUAAUGGUUUAAAUGAGCUUUCUUGCCCGACUUGAUGUGUUUGUACCUAUUGGUUCCUGAUUUUCUAAGGUAGAAGUUUACCUUUGUUUGACCUUAUCUGAUAAGCACUUGGCAAGGAUCAAGAAUGUUUUAUGCUGGACAUUCUUUUGGUGUUCCCCUCCUGUUUUGUUGUCAGUUUUAGCAUCAUUUCUCUCUGGCUCUAUGAAUCCGAAAAAGUUAGCUCAGCUUUAUUCAAAUUUUUUCUGCUUGCACUCCAUAGUUAGUAGUUGUGGUUUUGGUACCUAUGCUAAUGUUUCACAUUAAUUCAUUUAAGAUUCUGGUAAACAAAUUUCAUGUUUUCCAGAGCCUGGUGCCUAGCCUGAACUAAAUUGAAGUUCAAUUUGAUUGCAAAACAUUAACCAACCAUGCCUUGAACUUUUUUGUUUUAAGGGUGUGGGCAGCCUUUCUCAUGUACACAAAUGAGGUAGAUGUUUUAUGCAUUUCAGCAAACUGUGAGAUAACAAGCUGUGAUUGACUCAGAGUAUUAUAAUUCGAUUAGCUGUAUUUUUUCUUUUCUUGAAGUAUGGUACAUUUAAAUUUAAAAAAAAAAAGAACUUGCUCUGAAAUGCUCUCUGACCUUGUGACACAUUGUUAUUUUCUUGCUUAAUAAAAGUU